CACUCUUUCAUAGUAGGCUGGGUAAUAUUGUUAGACUUUUAUGAUACCAUUGUGUACCUAUUGAAAUGUCAUGAGUCAGAUCAAUAAUUUUUUCUCAUUCUACAUAUAUGAAAAUAUUAUUUCUUUCACACUAAUGGUGGCACUUUGUUUAUGAAGGGGGUGACAAAAACAUUGAGCUCAUGAGAUCAGGAAUCUAACACAUAAAAGGUCUUUGAAGCUGCAAUUUUUACUUGUCCAACGAUACCCAUUGCCCGAGAUAUAACACCUGAAACGAAAAGAACCACCACCUCAUGUCUUCACCUUCAAUCUCACCCUGUCUCCGUUUAUUCAGCACCAAAAUCAUAUAUCCUCUCCUCUCCCACAAAACCCUCACAGCCCCAAAACCCCAUACCCUCUCAUUUUCUAAAACCAUAUCUUUUCAUAGACUUCCCACUACACUCUCAUCAUUAGCAUCUCCAUUGUCAUCAGCAUCUGGUUCUGUACCUCUGCAACCCAUAGAAGAACUACCACCAAAGCUCCAAGAAAUCAUCAAGCUAUUUCAAUCUGUGCAAGAGCCCAAGGCCAAGUACGAGCAACUCCUGUUCUACGGGAAGAAACUCAAGCCUCUUGAAACCCAGUUCAAGACAAAGGAAAACAAGGUAGAGGGCUGUGUCUCCCAGGUUUGGGUCAGGGCCUUUUUGGAUGCUGACAAGAAUGUUUUCUACGAGGCUGAUUCUGACUCAAUCCUCACCAAGGGGCUUGCUGCUUUGCUCGUCAAUGGGCUUUCAGGCAGGCCUGUUGAGGAGGUUCUGCAGGUCUCUCCAGACUUUGUGGUGCUUCUUGGGCUCCAGCAGAGCCUCACACCUUCGAGGAAUAAUGGGUUCUUGAACAUGUUGAGGUUGAUGCAAAAGAAGGCACUCCAACUGGUUGUGGAAACUGAAAGGAGCAAGAAUUUGGAGCCGAGAGUCCAUGGUGGCAUUAGAAACAUGAAUUUUGGAUUAAAUCCCAAUGUGAAUGUUGAAGAAAACCCGGAGGUGAUAUUGAAUUCCGUAUCGAAAAUCAAUGACAGUGUUGGAAAUGUGAACUUUGGAUUGAAUUCUGAUGUGGGUGUUGACAAAAACAUAAAUUCGGGUGAUUUGGGAAGUAGGGGGAAGAGAAUUAAGGAGAAAUUGAAGAGAGAGCUUAGUCCUGUAGAAUUAGAGGUGGAAGAUAUCUCAUAUCAGCAUGCAGGGCACACAGGUGUUAGAGGAAGUGAUGGGGAAACUCAUUUUAAUGUGAAAGUUGUCUCUAAGGAGUUUGAAGGCAAGAGUUUGGUUAAGAGGCAUAGGUUUGUUUAUGCUUUAUUGCAAGAGGAGUUGCAGACUGGACUACACGCAUUGUCAAUUGUGGCAAAGGCGCCUUCUGAAGUUUAAUGGUGGGUGAACAUGGAAAGGUGUUCAACAUUUUUCCUAUAUUUCGCAGUGCAUGUAGUUAAGGCAAUAGGUCAGAUUAUAGAAGCAUUGUUUUACAAUUUUAAUUUUAAAUUAAGUUGCUAAAAUUUUGAGAUAUUUCGUGUCUCGGAUCCAUAUGAUGCGUUGUGAUUUGCAUACAUACUCGUGGAUCCUUGUAACGAUCCAACCACAUAUUUGUUGGCUUGCUAAGGCUCUUUGUUCAAGUGUUAA